AUGGCACCUGGAACUGUGGAAGAAAUGUUUUUUCGAGAUAGCGGUCAUAUUGAAUUUCAGACCGAAAAUUCAGACGGAGUUUUCCAGGGAAAAUCGGAUACAUCUGAAACUAUAUCUGACCUUUCCCGGAGACUGGAAAAUUUGGAAAAUGUACGUGAAAAAGAUUAUUUGGAAGCUCGAAGUCGGGAGACAGAACUUCUGUCUCGUAUCCAAGAAACCGAGGACUUAUAUGAAAGACGGAUACGCAAAUUGAAGCAGUUGUCUUUUGGACAGUCUAAAGAGAUUUCUUCGUUGAAGAACCAACUAGAAAGUAUUGUUCGGAAUAUUGCUAUGCCCACGGAAAAGAGCUCUGGAAACACUAGUUACUCUCUCGUGGACAGAUUUUCAAGAUCAGACGCACAUUUCCCGCCAGUAGCGUUCUAUGCCUACAGCUCCACCACUCUCCGCCACCUGGCGAGAAGAAUGCUUCCAUUUGACACAGUCAUCACAAACAUCGGGAACGGCUACAAUAAAUAUACGGGGGCUUUCACCUGCUCAGUCCCAGGCAUAUAUUUCUUCACGUGGACAGCCUAUGUGGGCGGUGGAGUAGGUCAUCACGUCGACACCGAACUCCACAGAAACGGACACCCAGUGGCGUUCGCAAAGGGGGGGUCCACUACUUACCUGGCCAUGACUGGGUCCGCUUCGGCCAUACUCGAGCUUGCGGUCGGAGACGCUGUCUGGGUACAGGUGUCUGAAGUCACCGGUGACCACACUGUAUUGUAUGGAGAGAAAACCAACUUUUCUGGAUUUUUGAUUCAGUACUUAUAA